AAGAAAAGAGAAGAGAAGAAAAGAGAAGAGAAGAAAAGAAAAGAGAGAAAAUUCAUUAACAGCUUGCAGGAAACAGGCAGGAAAAAAGACGCUCUCUGCCUCUUCCAGUGGACGAGCUGGGCAAUCCCUGCAUGCCCCGUCCAUUUAUGGAUCUCCCCACCACAGGAUAAAACAAGAGGCCAACUAUUGUGUCAAAAGCAGCAGGAGCAGAAGAAAAAGCCGUGCACAGUAAAAGCCAUUUCAAGUUGCUUGCAGCCAAUACUCUGGGGAAGAAAUACCAAAUAUUACCUAUCUCCUUCUCACCUGAUUAUCUGCCUCCAGCCAUGCUGAUUCAGACCCUGAUAUGCAUCAGCCUGACCCUCAAAACCCUUAUUUAAAGGUUUUUUAGAUUUUUUUUCAUCUCUGCAUGUUCUCAGAGCUGCUUGGCGCAAUCAUUAAACGCAUAGGUGUUUCUACACCUCCAGAUGUGUGACCGCCACCUGGCUAGAGGACACCUACCCCCCCCUCACUGGCCUUAAUUUACAAGGGAAGGCUCUAGGAUACACUUUUUUUUUUUUUUUUUAAAAGAAGAUAAAAGGCCCAGACGAUGCCAUUUCCUGGGGCUGGACGCAGGCGCGAGCAGGUCGGUCAUAAGACAAGACGUUGCCCAAGAACAGCUUCACUCUUGGGACGCUCUUGCUAUCUUCUGAGCUGGUCAUGGCUGGGGAAAUAAUUUAUGCUGAUUUAAGGCAUCCUGGGGAUGGUUUUUCUCCUGCCGAGAAGCGUCACGCUCCUGCCUUGUGCCCACGGUGGCAUGGGGUCGUCCUCAAAGUCAGUGGGCUGGGGCACCUCGUCCUGCUGGUGCUGGUGGUAGUGCUGAGCGUGCAGGUCUUUCAGGGCUCUCUGCAGCCGGUGAUGACAAGCAUUCCCUGGCAAGGCAGUGAGACCCGGGGAAAGAACCACACGGAGCAAUGCGUGAUUUCAGCCCUGAUGCAGUAUUACUGCAAGCCCCGGCAGGACAGCCCCACAGCCUGUGCUGGCUGCAAGCUGUGUCCCCAGGACUGGCAGCUCCAUGGGGACAGAUGCUACCGGCUUUCCAAGGAAACGGGGAACUGGAAUCAAGGCAAGAAAGGCUGCGAAAAUCAGGGGUCUCAGCUGGCAAUGCUCCGGGACAAGAAAGAAGAGGAGUACAUCAAGAAUAUUACAGGCGGACGCACACAGCCGGUGUGGAUUGGAUUACUAUCAUCCCACAGGAACUGGAGAUGGGUGGACAACACAUCCCUCAACACCAAAAUGUUUCGCACCCUGCAGGAGGUGGAUGAAGGGUGUGGGACACUGAAAAACAAGAUGUUGGAGGUCGAUAUCUGUGACGCUGAACAUGAGUGGCUUUGCCAGAAACACCCUUUCCAGCUCUCCCCAUCGACGGCAGGAGGUGGAAAGAAGUGCGAAGCCUCCGUCUGACAUGUGCCCAUCCUGAAAUGCCCAGCUGUGAAACGCUUGCCGCCAAUAUUUGGGGUAAAGCCAGCCCUGUCUUCACCAUUACAGUCC